UACUAGGGGAGAGGAGACUAGCUGUGGAGGAUGGUGAGGAAAGAAAAGGAAAUGAGUGAGUGACUCCAACCGACGGUGCCGAAUCGGCUGCCCCCAACGCCACUUUGGGAGAGUUGACCCCACUUGCCCGAUAAGCUGUCUUUCUCCAACCCGGUCGGUCAGCUGUUGCUUGCUGAGAAAGGAUGUAGUAUAUAUUGACAACAUCAUCAUGAGAACAAUAAUCUUCUGAGCUGCCCUGUCCUCAACGUGGAGUUUCAAUUCUCUUGUUCACGAUAAUAGUUUGCCCGCGGAUAUGACGCAAACUUGGACCUUUCCGGGAGUUGCCGUUGUCACAGGAGCCGGUGGUACAGGCAUCGGUGCAGCCACAGCAAAAGCGUUUGCUUCGGCAGGAUGUGAAAGAAUCGCAAUCACGGAUCUCAAUUCUGCCUCUUUAGAUCAGACCCGGGAGGCUAUCCUCGCUUCCUACCCUCAGACGCGUCUUCUAGUCAAGGCGGGCGACAUAUCCGACGAGAGCUUUGUCGAGUCUUUUAUCAGUGAAGUAGUGGCUGCAUUUGAACGGCUGAAUUAUGCAGUCAAUUGCGCCGGAAUCCUAGGAGACGCCAUGCGAACGACCGAGACAUCAACGGCGGUAUUUGACCAUAUCAACAACAUCAAUUAUCGGGGAGCUUGGUUCUGUUCUAGAGCAGAGUUGAGACAAAUGGUGGCACAAGAUCCCUUACCGAGCCAUGAUCCGAAUCGCGCUCCUCAGCGAGGGGCUAUUGUGAACGUUGCAAGUCAGCUGGGCAUAGUGGGACGCCCUAGUGCUCCUGCGUAUUGUAGCUCCAAGGCUGCUGUCAUUGCGAUGACCCGCUCCGAUGCGAUCGACUAUUCUGCGGACGGCAUCCGUGUUAAUUGUGUUUGCCCGGGUGUAAUUGAGACCCCGAUGACAACGUACAGCGAGGAAAUUCGCGAGCACUUUCAGCCAGCAGUUGAAAUUGCCCCGAUGAAGAGAAUGGGGAAGCCGGAAGAGGUGGCUGAUUCCAUACUCUUCUUGUGUUCGACUCUUGCCUCUUUUGUGCAAGGGCAUGCGCUUGUUGUCGACGGAGGAUAUAUAAUCAACUGAAUAAGAGGAGCUUCCUCACUCAUGAUAAUGUCAAUAAUAAAGAAUUAAAUGAAAUGGACAACAUAUCAGGUGUCAUUAGCAUUCGGCGCGCGAGAGG